AAGCAGAAACGGAGGGUUGAAUUUUUCCUCCUUUGCCGGGCGGUGGGAGGAGGUGGUGGACGGUGUUUAGAGAGGAUAAACUGAGAUUGAAGCCGCCGGGGAGGGGGGGGCACCGGGAGCUUCGUCUGCUGCUGUUGCUGUAACCCCAGACAGCAUCAACAUGGAGCUGGAGAACAUCGUUGCCAAUACGGUGCUGCUGAAAGCAAGGGAAGGAGGCGGCGGGAACAGAAAAGGAAAAAGCAAGAAAUGGAAACAGCUGCUGCAGUUCCCCCACAUAAGUUUGUGUGAAGAGUUGCGACAAACCACAGAGAAGGACUACAGCAGCCUCUGUGAGCGGCAGCCCAUCGGACGGCUGCUCUUCAGGCAGUUCUGUGAGACUCGACCCGAACUGAGACGCUGCGUCAAGUUCCUGGACGCUGUGGCGGAGUACGAGGUGACCCCAGAUGAGAAGAGGAAGGAGUGCGGUCAGGAGCUCCUCGACAAAUACUUCAACACAAAGUCGGAGGACCACGUGCCUGAGGUGGAGGAGGCCAUGAUGGCUCAGUGUGCCGAGAGGCUCCAGCAGGAGGCCUGCAAAGAACUCUUCAAGGACUGUACCAAACUGAUCCACGACUACCUGAGCGUGGCGCCCUUCGCCGACUACCUCGACAGCAUGUACUACAACAGGUUCCUCCAGUGGAAGUGGUUGGAGAGGCAACCGGUGACGAAAAACACGUUCCGACAGUACAGAGUUUUAGGGAAAGGAGGCUUUGGAGAGGUGUGUGCAUGUCAGGUACGAGCCACAGGGAAAAUGUACGCCUGUAAGAAGCUGGAGAAGAAGAGGAUAAAGAAGAGGAAAGGAGAGUCCAUGGCGCUCAACGAGAAGCAGAUCCUGGAGAAAGUCAACAGCAGAUUUGUAGUGAGUUUAGCGUACGCCUACGAGACAAAGGACGCUCUGUGCCUUGUGCUGACCCUCAUGAACGGAGGAGACCUGAAGUUUCACAUCUAUCAUAUGGGCGACGCGGGUUUCGACGAGAAGAGGGCCGUCUUCUACGCCGCAGAGAUCUGCUGUGGGCUGGAGGACCUGCACCGUGAACGCAUCGUCUACAGGGAUCUGAAACCAGAGAACAUCCUGCUAGACGACCACGGCCACAUCAGGAUAUCAGACCUGGGCUUAGCAGUUCAUGUACCGGAGGGACAGACCAUCAAAGGACGGGUGGGAACAGUGGGAUACAUGGCUCCAGAGGUGGUGAAAAACGAGCGCUACACCUUCAGCCCCGACUGGUGGGCGCUGGGCUGCCUGCUGUACGAGAUGAUCGAGGGCCAGUCUCCCUUCCAGCAGAGGAAGAAGAAGAUCAAGAGGGAGGAGGUGGAGCGGCUGGUGAGGGAGGUGGACGAGGACUAUUCCAGCAAGUUCUCAGAGGACGCCAAGUCGCUCUGUAAAAUGCUUCUGGCCAAAGAUCCAACAGAAAGGUUGGGCUGCCAGGGGGGUGGAGCCUCUGAGGUUAAAGCCCAUCCCAUCUUCCGCUCCAUCAACUUCAAACGCCUCGAGGCCGGCAUGCUGCAGACGCCCUUCAUUCCCGAUCCGCAGGCCAUCUACUGCAAAGACGUGCUGGACAUCGAGCAGUUCUCCACAGUGAAAGGAGUGGAGCUGGAGCCCAAAGACGAGUGUUUCUACAGCAAAGUGUCCACAGGCAGCGUCCCCAUUCCCUGGCAGAAUGAGAUGAUCGAGACCGAGUGUUUCGUAGAGCUCAACGUUUUCCACCAGGACGGGACGGUUCCUCCUGACCUGGACUGGAGAGGACAGCCGUCUCCUCCACCCAAACAAGGACUCCUGCAGCGGCUGUUUGGCCGACAGGACUGCUGUGGUAACUGCAGUGACAGUGAUGAGGAGCCCACAAGGCUGUGACAGACACACACACACACACACACACACACACACAAUCUCAUUUGUUUACAACUUUUGCACAUUUGUAUUUUUAAGAUAGUACUAUCUCUAAAUGUCAGAAUGUAUAUUUUCAGCAUAGCCAUAAUGUUUAAUGUUAUUUAAAACGUGUGAAUUAUCAGCUGCAGACACGCUCCGAACGACAUCAACAGGCUUUUGAUUUUCUUUGUCUUAGUGUGUUUGUCGUUUUUGUUCAGGGAAGGCUUUGCUUUUCAUCCACUCACACACGUCUACAUGUUACUGAUCUGGGAGCUGCUGCCGGCCGCUGAGCAGCUCCACUGGAACAAUGGCCUGCUGUAAAAGUGCCUUGCUGGAGGGCACUGUGAUUACUAAGGGAGGACUGAACAUUCCUUCACCUCUUUAAUCCCCCCCCACACACACACACACACACACACUUUGUCCAGGGAAUCAAACCAAUGACUUUCAGCUCAUGAACUGUGACCACUUUUCUUCUUCUGCCCUGCUGUUACCGACCUCACACACUCAAGUCUGUUAAAGUGUGACUUUUACUUUGGCUUGGUUUUCAACUGGUGAUGCCAGGGCCACGAAGCGUCUGCAGAUAUUUUUAUAUCUAUAGUAUUAUUGUUUUUCAGUUUGGCAGACGAUCGACUCGUCGUGUCAGUGCGGCUCCAGUUACUCUUGUCAGUUCGGCGCCAGUUUUGGGAUGUGACUGUAAAGAUCAUUUUGCUUUUGACAGAAACUCCAAGAGUUUAUACAAGUUACUUCAAGCAACAUACUUCUGCCUUUUGGUUUGGGGGAGCAGUCCCACUUUUGGUCCACAGUGAAAAAUUCACACAUGUUGAAAGGGCCAGUACUGUGAACCAGCAGCCUGCAAAGCACAUACGAUCAGCGAGAAUUAAACCUUUAGAGAACCCUGAUUUCCUACCAGUUUUUUGAAAAGAGAAAAGAGAAAACGAAGACUUGACUUGGUUGCAACAAAGCCGGAAAAAAUCUUUAUCCAUCCAGAUUUGUCGCAGGCUGCGCCCCGAUCACAUGAUGACGGUCACUUCGAAGCGAAGGCAAGAGUAACUGAAGCUUUUGGGUCAAAUCCUCAUUCAGACGGAGACUGAAGCUGGUCUGUCCAUCGCUGCAGUGAGUCGCCUCAGCUGAUUGCAGUCAGUGGCUUCCACGAAGACUUUAAGCUAUUAAAAUGAAAUACCUCUGAAUGUAAAAACGGCUGUCAUGUUGUUUCUGUAGAUGGAUGACCAGACACCAAGUUUUGUUUUUUGUUUUUUGUUUUUUUUUUGUUCCUGCUGUUGAGUAUGAAACUGAAACAUGCCUGGUCUCGGACACAACAAUCGUCAACUCAUAAAUGUGUGGAAUUCACCUUUAACUGUCCCACAGUGUCCUCCGUCAGGUGUGGACAGAAUCCGUCCUCCAAAGUGAAGUUUCACUACGUUUAUCGAAGCCGAGGCUGUCAGUGAGCUCAUGUUGUGUGUUGAAGAUGCUCUGUUAGAUUAUCCUGGAGGAUUUUGGAGCUGACAAUCUGAGCUAAAUAAGAAUCCCAGCAUGCAUUUUUAUCAGCCAAAACUUUUUCUCAGAACUUACCAAAUCAAACCAAAACUGUGUGCAUGAAUAGAUACGUCCAAAGGCAGGUGGUUAAAGGUUGUCUUGGUGUAAUUUGAGUCAACUUAGCCUUUAAUGUAAGCUGUGGCUGCAACUAGCAUUUAUUUUCAUUUUUGGUUAUUUUUCAAUUAGUCAGUUAACAGUUUUGUCUAUAAAAUGUCCUCAGACGUCUUGUUUUGUCCGGCCAACAGUCCAAAACACAAAAAUACUCAGUCUGGAGCAUCAAAGCCUCAACUAUUUACUGAAACGAUGAAUGGAUUGUGGUCUGGUUUUUAUGAAAUCUGGUGAUGAACGCGUGUGGAGAUUGUUUGUACAUUUCAGCAAGACGCUUCUGUCAAACUUCGCCUCCUGUCAUCUGAAAACUCUUUAAUCAAAGCCCAUAACCGGUUAAACCAAACCGGUUUUCCAGAGAAGACUGAAGAUGAUAAAGUCCUUCCCAUCCGAGGUGCCUUUUGGUGUUUGAAGGUACUCCUCCGGCCUGUCGUCGCCUCUUUUUAUACGCACUGUAUGUGUGCUCGCGCAAAGCCCGCUGCUGCGUCAGCGUCGGUUCACUUCCUGUCUGUGGUACCACGUGUGCUCGUCAUCGCUCUGCACUGGGGAUUCGCUUCGUGAGGACGACGAGACUGAAAGAAUCCCUGCACUUAAAGACUGCCGUCGACUCCUCCGUCCCCGACCUCUGAACUCUGGAGUCUCUGCAGUGAUUUUAUAAAAGACUGAGAGGUCAAAGGGGAACUCAAGGAGUUCGAAAAGCUUGCUAACAUUCGCCAUGGACAUUUAAAUCUGGACUGCUGUGCUGAGUCUUUGGGUCUGCUGUCAGAUCACUUCGUCUGUUUGUGUCAAGGAUGCACCUGUAAUCUGCCUUAAAGGAUAAUUCCACUUAUUUACCACUGGGGUCUCACUUUUGUAGUUCCGUUUAUCAUUACCAGUUUAAUGGCUAAAAUUUAGGGAAACAACAAGGCAACAUGGCUGAGAGGAAGUCAGACGGGUCCAGAAACGCGACCAUUCAGACGUCCUGGAAACCUGUUGUCUCAGUGAGACGCAGACAGUCGAGUCCUGCAACAUCUUCUACCAAAGCUGAAUCAGUCAUUUCACAUGCUGAGCGUCUGAAGUUUAGUGUUCUGGUUUGAAGUGGGCUCAGACGGAAAAAAGGCAACAGAAUCAGUUCAAAACGAGCAAAAAUGUCAAACAGGCCUGAAAUGUUUUAGUAUAAAUGACUGUCUCUUUCUUUUAAUUGUCUCCCAGAUCUCAGCUAUUAAUGUGAUGAGUGAAGUGUUAUUAAAAGCGCUAAAUGGCAAAAAGCGUAUGGCAGAAUUAUCCUUUAAGGUGGUGGAAACUGAAAUAGAAACAAGCGUGCUCAAAUCUUCAUUCACGUUUUUGUUUUUCCCAAACGUUUCUGUGUAACAGACAUUUUGUUUCCACGUCACUUAAACAUCUGAGGGUCCAACAGCUUCGCCUGAUAACUUGAACAUCAGUGAAACCAAGAGAAAAAGUCGUGUUGGUGCAUCUUCUGCCUGUUUGGUUUCUUUCCUGUACGAUGCACGAUGAUAUUUGUUUUUGUUUUUUGGUUUUUUUUUUAGUUUCGCAAUAAUGUUUUAUACAUUUCAAAUUAACUGAGAGCUCAGUGUGUGUGUGUGUGUGUGUGUGUGUGUGUGUUUGAGCCAGCCUUGUAAAGACUGUGAGAUCAGAGGGAAGGACUUCCUGUUUUGUACCAUGAAUCAACAUCUUUUCUCUCUGUGGUUUUGCACUUCUGUCUUUGUGAGGACUUAUCUGACCUGAAAGAUGAAGACACGUUAAUCCAACUCCCAAAAGUCUGAUUGGUUUUUACUUUUCCCUCCUCCAGCAGCCCUGUUUGAAUCACACUGAUCUUGACUCAGACUGCCUCCCAAACGUAAAGGUUUGGGAAACAGACAAAAAAAACCUGUCUACCUGGUUAUCCCUGCAGCUGUCGUGACCUUCUCCCUGCAUGAGCCGAACUGGGCCUGGUCCUGUUAGACCCGAUUAAAGCCAACCAGUCCGGCUUCCUUCCUUCAGUAUAUAACAGUGACUCCGAUAAUGUUCAAGCCGUGAUAAUCCGGCGCCACAGAAGGCAGUAACACAACCCAAACUGAACUCAAUUAUGAACUGAAAUGACCUGAUGAGAUGUUCACAGGAAACAAACAAGUGAUCAGAUGUUUCCAGUGAAAUGGCUGUGCUGUACGUCUGUAAUCGAUGUUUUUACGAUGGAGGAAAUGAAAGUUACCGCAUCAGCAUCAGGGGGUCCUCAUAAACACAGACGUACAAACAUGUCAGUUACAUAACAGCUGCUUCACUGCCUGAUAUUCAUGUGUCGGCGAUCCUGCGCACCUCAUAUAUCAACAUAACAUAUUUAUUAUUUCACUACCUGAGAAGAAUGAAAAAGCUGGCUUGCCAGCAUGUUAAGGUUUCUUUUAUCCUUUUUUUAUUUCUUGGUUCAGUGGUAUUUUAGUGAUUGUUUCAUUGUGAGACUUCCAGCCUUUAUUGACAGCAUCACAGAGCUUUUUAAGGUGGAAGCUGAUGGCUGACUUAGGAACAUACACUCCCACUCGAAGUGACUUUUCUGCAUUGUCAAAGAACGUGAAACGUCAGCUUCAGCUUCAUCAGGAGAAAAUGUCGCCUGGGGCAGAUCUAAUCGCAGCUUGUAACAUUCCUAAAACACACAAAAAAACCAUAAAGGAAUCCGUAGUUUACGGUACGUCCGGCACUGACAGGCUGAAUCACUCUGAAUUUAAGGGUUCAAAUGAUGAAUGGAUGUGAUUACUUUUAGUAUUGUGUAAAAUCUUUCUUUCCUUUUUCAUGUCUGCUUGUAUUUGUUCAUGAUGUGGGUCAAGGAUUCGGCGAGUUUGGCUCUGAAUGUGUCCGGGUUUGUUUAACUUUGUUUUUAACUUGUUGGUAGAAGAUUCAUUCAUCCUGAGAGCCUUACACUGAGGAAACAGCCUCUAUCAAUAAACACACUGCUUUCAUUCA